AUGAAGUUCACAAGAUUUCCUCAGAAGGAACUCGUCCGUAAGAGUUUCUAUAAGUUGAAAGACACAGACCUGUCGAUCUCGGAGCAGUUCCCUAGAGGUAUCCAAGACAGGAGGAAAAAAAUAACUACCUGUUAUGAAGAAAGCAAAACUGAAAUAAGAAUUCAGAAUCAAAUAUUCGAUUCAAAGCCACAAGGAUCCCCGAAUACACCCGACGCAUGCGUGCAACUAAUUCCUCGCCACCCAAACCCAAUGUUCAUAAAUAACCCAUCAGCAUUCACAAUUUCGUUAUCAACAUCGUAUUACCGAUUUUGCGAUACACCCGAAAAAUGUGGUAGAAGCUACAUCGGCAUAUCAAUAAAUGGUCAGGGAGGACUGUUCCGUGGAUUUAUCAUCCAAGCUCGCACCGUAAAUGGAGGAAAAAGGUCAUGGGGUCAAUUCAUUCCGCUACAAACUGGAGACUCUAAGGUCAUUCAAUGUCAGAAUGGAUUGACCUUGACCCACACGGCUAACAAUGACAAAAACAUCGUCCGAUUUGCCUGGAUACCAGAACCUGGAAUGCGCGAGCAAGUUCAAUUUGUAGCUACUGUUGUUCAGAAUCUUCGAACCAUAUACCCCGGUGUCUAUUCAGCACAACUGCGCCCUAUUGGUGCACCCACCACAACAACCACAAUGUCCUUGACAUUAUCUCUGAGCUCCACAUCUGCCAAGCUGCCGAUUACAACAGUACCCCGCCCCACAACACCUAAACCGCUACUGACUACUAACACGCAAGCGCAAACUACCAGCACUGUAACAACUAGUAUCACAACUACUAAAUUUACUACCAAAAUUACUACAACGCCAUUUACUACUACAACAUACUCACCUGUGACGUCAACAGCAAAACCAGUGACGUCAUCUACUAAAUUAACCACUACUAGUUCCCAACCUUCACAAACAGAGAGAACAGAAGCACCUGGAAGCGCAUCAUUCAAAACAGCAGGAAUAAUUUCUCUCGUGACAUCGUGUUUACAUAAACAUAUUGUAACAGAAUGUGAGAAAAAAACAUCCCCAACAGGAUUUCAUUGUCCAGUCUGCCGGGACUUUGUUCCAGAUCCAACAAAGUUUGAGAAUCCCGAUAAAUGGGCAGAAUGUUUCCCCAAAAAUCGUGCUGUAGAGUUUUUCAUUGAUAGCGGUGGCAAAGCUGCCCUAAAACGCUGCAAACCAUGUCAAAACGACAACGAGGAAGAAGAAGCCAGUGAAGUGUGUAGGACUUGUAUGGAAUCGUUAUGUAAAAUGUGUGCGAAAUACCAUAAACGAGGAACGGUUACAAGAGACCAUGAUGUCUUCCCAGUACAUGAGUUCAAAAAAUUCCUUCAAGUUGAUCAACAAGAGAUGGUUUGUGAAAAGCAUGAUUCAAGACCUUUGGAUCUCUUUUGUUAUGAUCACAAAAGUCCUUGUUGUGUGGUUUGUAGCAUUAAUGAACACAGUCGAUGUCAAAAUAAAGACACGAUAGAAAAAGAGGCUCAGGUGAUAGAGGAAAAAGAAAGAAAUGAAUGUUUGAUGUCUGAAAUAGAUAAUAUUUCUCGGCAUCUACAGAAAUUCAAAAAACUUCAGGAAGAAAGUCGAACUAAGAUCGAAGAUAAGGCUGACGAAAUAACAGAGGAAACAAAGAAAAAACGACGUCAAAUAAUAGAAAAGUUGGAUAGCCUUGAAAAUGAUCAUCUAGAAGGGUUAGCAAAAGUGAUGAAAUCCGCAAGAAAAGCCAUGGACGAAAAUAUGGAAUUCAUUUCGGAUUUGCUUGAUUUCUCGAAUCACUGUAAAAAGACAUUACAAAGUGUACAGACCAAAAGACAUUGUUCAAGCAAAGUGUAUAGUUUUCAUCACGUAAGAAAACAAGUAAAACGACUUAAAAACACAAAGAUUUCAUUGAAGGAAAUUGACUUAUCUUUGAAAUUUUCAGAUAUUUUCCUAAAUUUCGACAAAAUAGAUCAAUUGGCAUCCUUAUCUCAACAUGAGAAAUCAAAGCGCCUUUCAAUUAAUAUGAUCCAGAAUAUUAGAAAAACAGAACUACAAAUGGUCCAAAAACAUGAAUUUGAGCGCACAGUUGGCUAUAUAUUUUUUACUUGCAUGUUAGAGUACGGCGAAUGUCUUGUAUUCUUCUACGAAAAAAAUGCAUGUGCCCGACUACAUGCAAGUAAGCGAAUCACCUGGAACAUAAGAAAUACCUGUUUCCCCUUGUAUGGUAUUCGUCUUAAAGAUAAUAUUUAUAUUGCUGGAAAAGAAAAAUUUAUAAAUGUUUUGGAUUUAUACGGUUCCCCAACAAACAAAACAAUUACAAUCACAGAGCGAUGCUAUGGUUUAUCCGUACACCAAGAUUCCUUAUUUAUAAUAUGCCCGGACUCAGUCAAACAAUUAGAUGCAGAGGGUGUUGUGAAGAAAACAAUACCUGUGCAAUUUCCUUCAAACUACCUGGUAUUUCUCUUUGAUGGAAACAUUGUUUACUUAAAACAAAACUCAAAUGCCAUAGGAAUUCUUCAACCAACAGCCAUCAACCAGGUAGGACAAGAACUUUGGGUUUAUAAACAUCCUGAACUAAGGCAUCCUAGUGGUUUGGCUAAGGAUUUUGCGGAAAACCUGUACAUUCCCUGCUUUGAAAGCAGCAUUCAUGUGAUUUCCAACGCCGGCUGUUUUUUGAAGAUCUUUAAAAACAUUGACCACCCAAGAACCAUAUCCUUUCGGAAAGACCGCUACGAAUUUAGUGUGGUGUCUGGAGAUAAUUCUGUCAUUGUAUUCCGUAUAUUGGAGAAGAAUAAAUAA